AUGAUGGGCAAAUUGAUGCACUACGCAGCGGAUGCCAUCCUCGUAUCGACCAUCCUCGCGGGUGUGAAGCAGUCGUCGGGCAUGUCCAUUGAUACGACGCACAUUACCGAGCCCAACAUCCGAAACGCGCUGCACUACUACCUCUCGGCAGGCGAAUUUGUGUUCAGCUCAGCUCGCUCCUUUGCGCAGGGCAGCUCGUACUUCCGCCCCGCUGGGCCUGUCAACCCGAUGAAUGUGUUUAGCAGCGACUCGAUGACGUCGAACAUGCGCCAGUACUCGCACCAUUAA